AUGGGAAUAAGAUUCGUGCUAAUGGUGAACAAGCAAGGUCAGACCCGUCUUGCACAGUACUACGAAUACCUAAAUCUCGAAGAAAGGCGAGCUCUGGAAGGUGAAAUUGUCCGCAAAUGCCUAGCCCGUAACGAGCAGCAGUGUUCAUUUGUUGAGCAUCGAAAUUAUAAAGUGAUCUACAGGCGAUAUGCAUCACUGUUUUUCUUGGUUGGAGUCGACAAUGAAGAAAAUGAGCUUGCGGUUCUGGAAUUUAUUCACCUACUGGUUGAGACUAUGGAUCGCCACUUCGGAAAUGUGUGUGAGCUGGACAUCAUGUUUCAUCUAGAGAAAGCACACUUUAUGCUGGAGGAAAUGGUAAUGAAUGGUUGUAUUGUUGAGACCAGCAAGUCCAAUAUCCUCUCUCCAAUCCAGCUAAUGGACAAAGCAUCAUAG